UCUGCGCAUGCCCAGAGCGUCUCUCUGUAGCAUCUUGUAUUUCCUGCUUUGCUUGUUUCCUCUCCAAGCAGCGAUGAUGGCAGAAGUGAAAGCUUCCCUGAUCUCUGGCGUUAUAGCAGCUUUUCUUGCUUCGGCGGUGUUGGCAUUUGUUGAAGACCUAGACGACACAUUUAAAGACACCAGAGUGAGCGACAUCUGGCUGGUUGAUUUCUAUGCGCCGUGGUGCGGCUACUGUAAGAAACUAGAGCCCAUAUGGCACGAUGUGGGAGUCGAGCUGAAGACCUCCGGGUCGCCGGUCCGCGUGGGAAAGAUGGACGCCACGGCGUACUCUGGAAUGGCGUCAGAGUUCGGUGUUCGUGGUUACCCCACAAUAAAACUGUUAAAGGGGGAUCUUGCCUAUAAUUACAAAGGACCAAGGACAAAAGAUGACAUCGUAGAGUUUGCCAACAGGGUGGCAGGACCGGCCGUCAGGGCGCUUCCCAGCAAGCAGAUGGUCGAGCACAUGAUGAAACGACACGAUGUGCUCUUUGUGUAUGUCGGUGGGGAGUCUCCCCUCAAAGAGAAGUACAACGACGUAGCCGUGGAGCUCAUCGUCUACACUUAUUUCUUCUCGGCUUCAGAGGAAGUCUUACCAGAGUCUGUAACUUUGCCAGAGCUUCCUGCAGUUGUAGUCUUUAAGGACGGGGCCUACUUUACCUAUGAUGAGUACGAAGAUGCUAGUUUGUCCUCGUGGGUGAACAAGGAGCGCUUCCAAGGAUACCUCCAGAUUGAUGGCUUUACACUGUAUGAGCUCGGAGAAACAGGCAAAUUGGUAGCGAUUGCAGUCAUCGAUGAGAAGGACCCCACAGAGGAGAGUGGCAGAUUAAAGACCUUGAUUCAGAGGGUGGCGAAGGAAUACAGAGAACAUUUUAACAGGGACUUCCAGUUUGGCCACAUGGAUGGGAACGACUACAUUAACAGCCUCAUCAUGGGCGAGGUGACGGUGCCCUCCGUUAUCAUCCUCAACACAUCCAACGAGCAGUACUUCCUGCCCGGCGAGCCGAUUGAGACCAUGGAGCAGCUGGUCCAAUUCAUCAACGGUGUUUUGAACGGUUCUGCACAGGCACAAGGAGGUGAUGGCUUCAUCCAGAGGAUCAAACGUGUGGCCUUUGAUGCCAGAUCCACCAUUAUGUCAGUGUUUCGCAGCUCUCCGCUGCUGGGCUGCUUCCUCUUCGGCCUACCGCUGGGUGUAAUUAGCCUGAUGUGCUACGGCAUCUGCACAGCUGAGUCGGACGACGGUUCGGAUGACAUGGACGCGCUCAAGAGGGAGGGCCUGACUGACGAGGAGGAGGACGAGGAGGAGGAGGGGCAACGCACCGCUGAGCUGGAGGGCCCCGAAGAGGGCGAGAACGAGGAAGACGAUGUUGGAGAGAAGGAUCCCGAGGAGAAGAAAACCGAUUAACACAGGGGCUCCCGCCGGAUAGAGGAUGAUAGGCCUAGUCAAAUGCAGUGACAUGAAACUCAAAGACAUAUCAAUGUGUUACUACUCUGCUUCUUUGUCUUUCAUAUCACUCCCCCUCAAAGCUCCUCUAGCACAAACUGCUCUCCCAUCUUUGUGUUUAAGGUCAGCUGCUCAGCGAAGCCAUCGUUUCAAGCCAACAGCCUUUUUAACGACGGCGUUUUAAACACAUAAUGUUCAAGAAACGGAGGGACGAACCAAACGAACCGCUUAUUUAUUACGAUUCGACUAACCGGUGGUUUAUUCCAUGUGACGUGCGACCCUUUCUCUCGUUGUUUUGUAACCACUAUCCUCUUUUUUUUCUCUUUAAAUUCCAGUUUACUAUGAUAACCUAGAAUAGUAGAAACCUUCCUUCAAACUAAAUACAUGAAUACACUUUACCCCCGACCCCAAGUAG